CCUCCAUCUCUCCUCUCUCUCUCUCUCUCUCUCUCUCUCUCCAUCUCACCUGUCACUAGGAAACCCAAAUUGCCGUUACGCGGUGGUACCACCAUCUACAGUGUCUCCCUUCGCCCUCGCUCUCCACCGCCGCCAUGGAAACGGAGCUCGCCGCCACCUCCGCCGCCUCUUCUCCGCCAUCUCCGCCGCCGCCGCCGUCAUCGCUCUCUCCUCCUCCAUCUACAUCGGCCGAGGGGAGUAGCGCCGCCGCGGCGGCGGAGGAGGAGACGGCGCCGCCGGGAGGAGGAGGCGGCGGAGCGGCGGCGGAGGAUAGGGUGAAGGGACCGUGGUCGCCGGAGGAGGACGCUGUACUGAGUAGGUUGGUGAGCAAGUUCGGGGCGAGGAAUUGGAGCUUGAUCGCACGGGGAAUCCCCGGCCGCUCCGGCAAGUCGUGUCGCCUCCGAUGGUGCAACCAGCUCGACCCCUACGUCAAGCGCAAGCCCUUCACUGAGGAAGAAGAUCGUAUCAUAAUUUCUGCACACGCAAUCCAUGGUAACAAGUGGGCUUCAAUCGCAAGACUUUUGGAAGGAAGAACAGACAACGCAAUAAAGAAUCACUGGAAUUCAACUCUAAGGCGUAAGUGUUUUUUAACUGAUCAGUACAAAACAACAACUGCAGCAGCAGCAACAGCAUGUGAUGCUAUAGAGAAUGCUAGCCCAGAGAGAGUAAAGGCUUCUUCUGAAGAGAAUCAAUCUUUAGGAGACAUGAAUUCUAAUAAAACCAUGGAAGGGAGAGACUACAGUUUCGAGAACAUUUCUGAAAAUGGUAAAGAAGUGGUGUACGUCAAGGAAGACCCUUCUACUGUGCCUGAAAGUAAAGAUCCUCCUUAUUUGUUCCGGCCUGUUGCAAGGGUAAGUGCCUUCAGGCCUUACAAUCAUCUGGGUCAAUCUGUUGGGCCUGAAUUGUGUAGGCCCAUUCAAAUGCAUGACUCAGCAUUCCAAGCCUCUGUCGAACCCCAGGUGCCAUCACGAUGCGGGCAUGGUUGCUGCAACAUUAGAAAUGAAGCUUGCAGUAAAAGAUCGUUGUUGGGCCCCGAGUUUAUUGAAUUUGUAGAGACCCCGCCCAUUUCAAGUCAUGAAUUGGCUGCGGUGGUAUCAGAUAUAAGCAGUAUAGCCUGGGUCAAAAGCGGGCUGCAGAGUAGUAGUGCUAAUAGCUUUUUGCAGCCUACGUGGCCUUCUAGCCACAUGAGGGGCACGUGUGAGUAAUUUUCAACAAAAGUAACAAAAAACAAAAAAGGGGAACAAAGAGAGAGGAGGUUUUAGUUAGCAAUCAUCAAGUGAGAAAUGUCUUUUCUUUUCUUUCUUUGUUUCCCCUUAUAUAUCAUGAAGACAGCUUUUAGCACUAGCAGGUGAAAAUGAUAGUAGAUGACUUCCUUUAAAUAUUUUUUUGGAGAUUAAUCCAACUUCAACAAGUGAGUUGAGUACGCGCAUACAACGAUUACAUUUUGUUUCUCUAUAUGGUUCUUACUUGCUGGAAGGCAUUCUUAAAUAUUGCAAGGGCUCCUUAAUUUCGGUAAUAUAUAUAACUUGCUUGGGGAGGAUUGAUAUAAUUUGUUACUGAGAUGAAAGGGGAUUUGAUUUUGGUAGGAUAGGACAAAUUAGAAUUUAUUAAUUGGAAACAAGGGAUCUUUAUUUCUAAUUUCUUUUUAUGUCAUUUGUGCACUUCUACAAUAGUAUAACUAUUUCAAGUUCCUUUUUAA